CCUCUCUAUUCAAGGAGGCCCAAAUCCACACCCUACUGAAUUAUCCAAAUCCAAAAGUGCUUGGCUGCAACAGCACCAAGUGAUCUGUAACGGUGUUUGACAGGGUGUAAUUGCAAUGCAUGAUGCCAUGAUGGUCCCGUUUGCAUGGAUGUGGGUGGGUCUCUAGAAAUAGUCAUUUUUAUUACUACUUUAUUUUAAGGCCCCCUUUAAAAUAGUGUAUCUCACCUAGUGUUGCCACAUCUCACCUCAGAAUUUGCUGCAUUUCAGUGCUGGGUGAAGGGAUUCCUAGAUGGGACCAGUGAAUCCUGGUUUAUGGGACCCACCCCAAAAAAACCAAGUUGCUUAACGGGAUGAAUUUGCAGCAGAACUGGAGUCACUAGGGCCCUGAUCCUGCAGUUGGAUCCAUAUGGGCAGAUCCCUGCGCCUUUGCAGAGACCCAUUGCUUUCAAUUCUGCUCUGCAUUGGCCCCAGGGGUCCAUUUGUGCUGAUCCAAUUGCAGGAGCGGGACAUGUGCGGCGAGACUUCGGCGCAGUCUCUUAGAUAAUAGUGGCAUCUUCCUUGGAUUUCACUCAGUGUACACUCUAGGGAAACUUGCUGUUACAAGUUAUUAGCAAGGAGCUAAUUUCUGUCAAUUCCAAAUGCCUUAUUCUCUGUGUUGUUAAUUUCAUCCUUAAUUCUCAGAACCUGCAGUUGUGAAAUCACUUCUUUUGGAGCCAAAGAGAUGGGUGAUACAGUUUCCUCCUGCUGGUUUCAUCCUGGGACCCAUACAGGAUGUUUACCAGGAAGGGGCCUGAGUCAGCUAACAAGUCACUCAUUCUGGCAGUGACACACAACCAGCGUGACCUGGAGAAGUUGGCUUUAAAGCACUGUUGUUGCUGUUGGUUUGCUUAUCACUUGAUCUCUGUCGGAGCAGGACAUUUCUGAGCUGUGGGGAAAUGAUUGCUUGUGUAUUUCUGCGCAGAGGAGGUCACUGGUAUUUGGAAACUUCAGCUGCAAUCAGGUGGCAGGCCUCCCCAAGAGGAAGGACAGAGCAGUGGUUAGUGCACUAGCCUAAGAUUUGGGAGACUAGGGUGGCCUUGGGCCUUAUGUGCAAGGGGAAAUCGACCAGAAUAAGCUCUUCUGCAAUAAUGACUAUUGUAAAGGGACCGCUCAAAGCAACAAAAACAAACUCUCUCCUCCCAGGACUGCAGGCGGGGAACUCACUGCUUCAUUCUGCUGCAUCACAAAAUGGGCAGUAAGGGAGGGGGGAGGGGAGCACGGCUCCAGCCCACAAUACUCUGGGAACCCAGUUAAUCCCAUUAUGGCCACUUGGCUCAAUUCCAGAAUACAAGUGACUUUAAUUCCACAAUAGCUGCUGGUCAAUUUCCCAACGUAGAUGAGGCCUUGACAUCUCUCUGUCCAUUAGUAUCCCAGCUGUACAAGGGAUACAAGAGCCCUGCCCGACCUCCCAGCGUGGGUGAGGAUAAAUACACCACAGAUUGUGCUCAGAUACUAUGGUCAGAAGGGCUGUAUUAGUACCAAUGAUGGACAGGGUCACAGCUAAAGGCUGGAUCUAACGCCCUUGCACUCUGUUGUACAGUAGUAAACUGGUUAGUAAGUAUGUGUUACCACUGCCCUCUACUGGAUGGGGUCAGCAUAGCUCCACUGUAUGUCAUGAGCCCUAUGCUGGCUAUUGUCCUUUCGCUCAAGUGGUAGGUGCCUCCACUUUUGGGGAUGGAGGAGCUGAGUCCUAGCCCUGCUGCUGUUGUGUAGUGCUGUGAUUGACCAGAGUGUGCCCUAUAGCAACAACUGUGAGGCAUCCCAGGGGCUGUGAAUUUAUUACAGUAUUGUAAAGGCUUCUGCCUUAAACCCACAGGCAUGCUUUCCAAAUCCAUCCCUCCUGCAUGGGCUGCAGCUGUCGUCAGGGCCGGGCUGUUCGUCUAGAGUAAUAACAAUGGCACUUAGCCCUUUAUAACCAGGAGGGGCUGUGCAAACAUGAACGAGUCUUCAUAGCUCUCCUGGGGGGAGAUCAGGAUCGUUAGCUUUGUUUUAUGGAUGGGGAAACUGAGGCCCAGAGAUAGGCAGUGACUGCUCAGGAUCACCUGGGGAGUCCAGAGUAGAGCUGGGGAAAAUAAAUCAGGAAUCCCUGGCUCCCAAACCCAUGCUCAGUCCACUACCAUGUCACAACCUUCUCCUUCUCCAUUGGCAUUGCUGGCAUCCAUCCAGGUGCUGAUCAUGCUGGUCUCGUUAAAGAGAUUCCAAGGUGCUGAUCCUUUGAGCCAAGCCAUCUCUCGGGGCAGUGAGCUAGUCUUCAUCAUGCCUCUGGAAGCCUGGUCAUCGGCCGCUCCUUACAACCAUUAGAUCCAGCAAAGGCUUGACCAGGGGCAGUCACAUGUUGUUCCCGUGUCUCAAGGAUGCAGCCCCUGGUAGCAGGUGUGCGUGUGCUGAGAGGAAGAUGGGUGCAUUGGACACAGCACACGCCAUUUUGACUGGGUUUCUCCAUUAGAGAUACACAGUCCCUCCUCUCCAGAUCUGGGUGCAGCCCUCACACUCCAGCUCCUUGGCUUGCCAGCUAGGACAACUGGGACCAGAUGAACAAAGCUCCAGGUAUCGCAGCUUCCCCUUUGGCUAGGAAGGCUUGAAAUUCUGCCUCGCUGUGUACUAUAGGAGGCCUUGGUCAGCUGCCCCUAGCAUUGCUUGACCUCCUUGAGGCUCCUGUUUCCCAGUGGGGAUAACAGUGCUGGCCCCUCUGCGAUGGGCUGGCAGAUCUGUGGGUGGAAACCCAUGUAAGCUGGGCCCCCAGCAAGUCAAUGCCAAACUCCAAUAGACAUCAGUCCAGGAUUUCCCCCUAGGUAUGGUUGUCAUUUCCUAGUGUGCUGCAUGGGGUGGUGGAUGGUACAUGUGAUGUGUGGGUGACUAUCUAUUUCCUGGCUCCAGUCACCCAACAGGGGCCAAGGUAGCAAACCGGCCUGCCUCUGUCGCAGGACUGGGUCAGUCCUGAUGUGUCCAAAGGCUGAAGCUCCCGAGCUUUCAAUGCAGCCCCUGAGCUGGCUGUGAAUGGCCUCGGGAUUAGCAGCGUAACAAUGCACUGCAGCCCCUUGGCGAGCUGGCAUUGUGCACUGUCUUGCUCCCGCAGCCAGGGCUAAGCACAGAGCCUGUCCCUGAGCAACUCCCCCUGCACUUCAGAGCAACUCAGCUGGGUCGCCGCUCAGCAAAGUCAUCGCCCGUGGAUUGCCCUGGCAGCAGCAGUCACUCGAAUGUCUGUAGGGCCACCCUCACUGACACAAGUUGGGCCCCACCAAAACACAGAGUGUUAGAGUGUUAGUGCUGGAGCCCACUUCCUGAGUUCGGGUUCUCAUAUGGUGCCCAUCACCGUGGUAUCUGGCAGCCCUUCGAAACAGAGCCCAGAGAGCACCACUCCAGCCCUGGGCCCCUGGAAACAGCUUUCCAAUGAAAAGGAAGCAGGGGGAACAGCUCGGCAAACUGGCCAGGCACCUGGCGAAAGGUCUGUGCUUGUCUCUUGCUACUGGGCCUGGCAUGGUCAAUCACACUCCAAAUGGGCAACGUGCUGGGGCGAUUUUCUCAUCCCGUAAGAAUUCACUCCCUAGCUGGAGGUUCCCCCCCUUUCCCUCUCGCUCUUUGGAGGCUCCACAGGCCCUUUGAUGUUCUCCCACUGUUUGCCCAGUCGAUCAGCUCAGACAGGGUUAGAGUCUGAGGUCAGCGGCUUUUCCAUUCCAAACACCCAGACGCAUCCGUGAGAGAGGAGUGGACUCAGGUUACAUGCCUGCCUCCCUCCCCUCCCCUCCCCUUCCCUCUCCUCCCCACACCACAGACACACACAGGCACACCCCAGACCAGGCUCACAGCCACUCGGUGGGAUACUCCACUGCUCCACACACCCAAGAGGGCUAAAGCCACGCUUUAAGCCCUGGCUGCGAACCAAACACCCAUUGAGGCUGGGGUUUAACAAACUCCUUGGGAAACCAGCUGGAUGAAGUCAGGGGGGAUCUGGGAACCGCAUGGACGGAUCCAUUCUCCCCUUUCUUUGCAUGAAUCUCCUCUUCUAACGGUCCCCCUCCCCCGGAGGCACGCGCCCUGGGAGCUCUCAGAAAUCCUUUGCUGGGAGAUGACCUUUAAAGGGCCUCGGGGGGCUCGGCAGCCAGCGAGCAGCCCCUGAAAAGGACCGUGCGUCGGGCGUCAUCUCUGGAGAGCCCAUGCGGAGCUUGCCCUGGGCACAGCAGAGCCAGAGUUCCGGGUUCUGCACGUGCCCGGUUGCUUUUUGGAUGUGAUUCUUUUUGUGUCAGGAGCUGUGCCAGGUGAAGAGCCCUCCUGGCUGGGAGCGGGAGCCUGGCGUGAAUCGAUGCCUUCCUGUUGCUUCGGAGGAAGGGAAUUAAAGAGGAAAAAAGGGGAGCCCCAGCUCCGGGAGGCAGGUCAGCCCGACCCCAUGCUGGCCACACUGCUCCUGUCUCUACUGCCUGUCCUGGCCGAGAGCGCCAGCCUGCAGCCAAUCCGAAUGAGUCAUCUGGGGGUGUGCCCCAAUCAACUGAACCCCAACCUGUGGGUGGAUGCCCAGAGCACCUGCGAACGGGAGUGCCACACUGACCAGGACUGUGAAGGCUUUGAGAAGUGCUGCACCAAUGUCUGUGGCCUGCGGAGCUGCGUGGCUGCCCGCUAUGCUGACGGCAGCGUCUCGUCCCUGGAGCUGGCGCAGGAGGCCUCGUGUGAGAGCUUUGUGUGCACCCAGCAGGGCUCAGACUGCGACAUCUGGGACGGGCAGCCCAUCUGCAAGUGCAAGGACAGGUGUGAGAAGGAGCCCAACUUCACAUGCGCCUCAGACGGGCUCACGUACUACAACAAGUGCUACAUGGACGCGGAGGCCUGUAUCCGGGGCAUCAGCCUCAGCGUGGUGCCGUGCAAGUACAUCUUCACCUGGCCAAACACCAGCCCAGUGCCGCUGGAGACCACGGCUCAGCCCACGCCCGGGGCUGCUGCUGAGGUGCCCAUCCCCCCAGCCCUCUACAACAACCCCUUCCACCAAUCGGUCUACGUGGGUGGCACUGUCAGCUUCCAUUGCGACGUGAGUGGGCGGCCCCGGCCGGACAUCACCUGGGAGAAGCAGAGCGACCACCAGGAGAACUUCAUCAUGCGGCCUGACCAGAUGUAUGGCAACGUGGUGGUCACGAAUAUCGGCCAGCUGGUCAUCUACAACGCCCAGACAGAGGACGCCGGCAUCUACACCUGCACAGCCAGGAACUCCGCUGGCCUCCUCCGGGCCGACUUCCCCCUCUCCAUCAUCAAGAGAGAGCCCUCCGGGGGGGAGCCCAGGGCACCCAGCACCCAGCAGGUCCCAGGCACCGAGUGUCUGAAGGAGCCUGACAAGAGGGAAUGUGAGGCUCAGCAGGUGCGCUGGCAUUUUGAUCCCAAGAAGGGCUCGUGCGCCACCUUCCGCUACGGCGGUUGCGGUGCCAACCAGAACCACUUUGAGACGUACGAGGCGUGCCGCUCGGCCUGCGUCAGCAGGGCCAUCAACAUGUGCACCUUGCCCAUGGUGCAGGGGCCUUGUAAGAACUGGGAGGCCCGCUGGGCCUACAAUCACCUGAUGAAGCAGUGCCACUCCUUCGUCUACGGUGGCUGCGAGGGCAAUGACAACAACUUCGAGAGCAAGGAGACCUGUGAGGACGCCUGCCCCUUCCCCAAGACCCUGCAGUGCAAGGCCUGCCGGCUCAAGAGCAAGAUGGUGCUGAGCCUGUGCCGCAGCGAUUUUGCCAUUGUGGGCCGGCUCAUGGAGAUCAUUGAGGACCAGGACUCGGGCAUUGCCCGCUUCGCCCUCGAGGACAUCCUCAAGGAUGAGAAGAUGGGCCUCAAGUUCUUCAAUAUUAAGUACCUGGAGGUCACCUUGAGCGACAUGGACUGGAGUUGCCCCUGCCCCAACAUGACCACGGAGGAUGGGCCCCUCAUUAUCAUGGGGGAGGUGCAUGAUGGCAUGGCCAUGCUGGACCCCAACAGCUAUGUCCGAGCUGCCAACGACAAGCGGGUGAAGAAGAUCUAUGAGCUCAUUGAGAAGAAAACCUGUGAGCUCCUCAACAGGUUCCAGGACUAGAGGCACAGCCCAAGGAAGGGGAGAGUCAGGCUAAAUAGAUAGUCCCUUCCAUCCUCUCUCAAGCCAGUCAUGGCUAUGAGCCACCCAGGGGCACUCCCUGGGGGAGCUGCCUGCUCCCCAAACCCUCCCCCCUUGGGUCCCACCCAGAACCCCAUGGCCACCUCCACAGCCCGGUUUUUCUGAGUGUAAUCAGUUGGUUUAAUUCCUAGGCUGUGGUGGCGUCAAGCCUGAUUCUACCCGCACCUACCUAUGUCUGUCUGUCUAACUGUAAUUUAUCUGUCCACACAUCUCGCCCCAUGUACCCUUCUGAGGCCAGACUAUACCAAUAAAAGCAUGACCCAGCGGGGAGGUGGCUGCUGACUCUCCCAUGCU